CAUCUACUAUUGCCGCUGUACGUUUGCUGGUUCAAAUGGGCUACUUUUGGCAUCGUAACAAUAAUCUCUUAUAUACUUCUGCUCCUUCGUGGCACACAGUUUAUGUCAAACGAGUACACAAAAAGCCAUGGUUUAAAAAACAAUACAAAACGACCGCAGCAACGCAACGUUCUAGCAGGUACUGCGGCAUUAACAAAAAGGCACGCAAGAUUGUUCGCUCCACUUGACCCAUUUCCGUUCUCCAUCACUGAGCAAAGUGAUUAGCUAAAUAUCAGCAAAAUAAAACUAAAACCUUUGCAAUGCUUAUGCCAAUGAUAAGCAGGAGAGCACCACGACCGAUCGAUCAUGUGGAGUCAUUCGCCGUCAGUCGGCGCAAGAGCACAGAUCGUGUAGGUUCCAGUGGCAUUUGGUUGUCGGUGUUGCUUGAUUGCGGAAGAAAGGCCACCACCCAGCAGGCUCCAUACAAUGGCCCAAAGUUUUGUCGCAAAGCGCGGCGUCAUCUGACGAAUGCGCAAAAGAAGCUUCUGUUUGCGUUCGAUUGAUUAUUUUACGUCGGAUUCGCAGGUUGAUCAGCGCUAAAGCGCGUCAAAGUCAAAAAUUACACCCGAAAAUCGUAAGCAGCAAAAGAUUAGGUAAAGAGCGUGGACCUUGCAGAUCAGACGCAGAUCGUAUUUAGGGCCAAAGCGCUCAAACCGGCCGCAGUAAGACGCUGUCCCAAAUUAAUGAAUUUUGUCGCAUAUAUACAACGGGUGGCACGCGACUGGAGGGUAUAUGAUUAAUUAAUGUUUUAUUUCCUAACUCGAUGGGUCGUCCCUUAUCAACGUGUGCCUACUUGAACAAGCGCGCCCUGUCGCGCGUCCGGCACACAGACCGAAAGCCAAGCGAUAAGACGGGACCCCGGCCAUAGGAGCACGCGUUCCUGGUCAGGCCUCUGUGUUUUCGGCUAAGCUAAAAAGCUGGGUGUAGGUUGUGGUUUUAUUGCAUUUCUAAAAAGCUAAUAAAACUAAGCAGUGGCAAAAAAACCCCACUCAAAUGAAGGAAAAAAAGGAAGGCAACGAUGUUCGCAUAAACAACAUGUCGUGAUUGAUUCUUUCUUUCUUUUUUUGUGGUUGUUAUUUUGCUAUGUCUAAGAAGCUCAUUUCAUCUGGCUUUAACUACUCUGUGGUUGGCGUCAUUAGUCGUUGUUUUUUUGCUGUUGUUGUGCUGUAUAUUCCCUUUGGCUGUCUUAGCCCGACGUUACGUUUGCAAUCUUUUUGGUUGCUUUUUUUUAAACCGUAUUUAAUUUAAUUUUAUUUUUCCAAGAAGCGCGCUGUAGACGAAACUUCCUUGCAGAUGUUUUUUUUUCACAGCGAUUUUGGCCCGAUUGGUCCAAUUCGACUCUUUAAAUCUUUCUUCGGGCAGCGGUUUAAUUUACGGAAAAUGAUUAGAGCUAAAUAAUGAUGUGAGUAACGAGUCCUUGGCAAAGUAUUUCAACUAUAAAGAGCAAGGAACGGCCCCGUAGUCGAGCGAGCCACCGUCGUUGAUCGAUUGUGCAAGUAUGUUCUAGAUAUUAGAAGAAUUCUAACGAUUUUUUGAAACAUUUUCAGACAGAGCGGCUCAGCGGGAAUGUCUUCUUUAUUUACUAAUACAUUUCCUUGAUAAUGAUGGACAAUCGGAAGAAAAAUAAAACAUUCCCAAAUAAACAAUGCAAGCAGAGGUUUCAACAAAACCUCCUACCAAAAUCCGCUCCCAAUGUGUGACACUGUAAGCACUUCCCAAAAAUCAGCCGAUUACUACCAACGCUCUAAUCAGUGUGCACCCGAGCAAUGGGGGGGAAAAAGUGCUCUCCGUACGGAAUUAUCGAUGCAUAAUCUUACCUACAGAAGGAUGAUUUAUAAAACACGGCUAAAAAAGCGGUCCUCGCCGGCGAGUCUACAGAAUAAUUGCCACAUAAUCAACGGUACAUAAAAACGCGACCCCAGUACAAAUUCCAUGAUACCGGCGGGAGGCACUCGGAGAAGCCGAUCGAGCUGCUGGGCCUUCUUCUACGUUGCCUUGGAAUCAAUCGAAAAAGUUAACAUAAAAUGGACAUUUUGGGCUGCUCGCCUGAUAAGCCCGGUACACGAUCCAACGAUCUCUCUCUCUCUCUCUCUUUCUCUCCUUCUCUUUCCUUUUCUCACUCUCGAUUAGCAGGAUGUUCAGUAGUCCUGUGUGGAGCGGGCUAGUAGUCUGUGACCAACAUCCAACCAGACCGGUGGGCCCGAACAGCGCACACAGCCCGGUCUCCUGUCGUUGUAGUUUUGCCGAAACUUUUGUUUUCCUAUUUAAACGCAACAUUUUUUUGUUUGUGAACGUGUGUGAACGACGAAGCUUCGCUCUAUUGCGGACGAAUUCGUCUGAAGUGAAUUUGUUUGUUUGUGUUACUCAUACAACGGAAAAAUGGACGAUGUUUCUGUUACGCAUCUAAGCUGUCUGUUGGCUCUGUGGCGAUCGUUUGAGUGUGUGUUGUGACUGCUUUUCAAGGUUCAAUGAACGGGAUUAGUUUUUAAUAGCCCAGUUAAUGUAAGCAAAAUCGUCCUCAGGUGGUAAAGAGAACGAAGAAUUGAGUGCGAUAAAUAGCGUAUUGGAUGGAUUGUAAUUGAUGCUGUAAUUACAGCUCAGUUUUUGGCACGCGAGAAAUCAUCAUCCCCCGAGUGUAAUGUCUGCGCGGGAAGCGGUCGUCUCGACCGCCGUGUGCUGCACUGUUGAUAACCUCGACGGUAUGCCAGGCGUAACCGUAGCUCAGCACGAAGUUGCCGCCGCCGCCGACGACGAUGUUACCCUAAUCUGGCAGAAUUUGACCAUCACGCCCAUCCGCAGCAAGCCCGGGGCUGGGGAGCAGCAUCCGGUACUGAACGACAUAAGUGGCACCUUGCAGCCGGGCACGCUGGUGGCCCUCAUGGGACCGAGCGGGGCCGGCAAGACCACGCUCAUGUCCGCCCUAGCGUACAGGAUGAGCGACAAAAUGACAAUUGCCGGCGACAUUCGCGUCAACGGAUGCCCGAUCGGACCGUACAUGUACAACAUCAGCGGAUACAUCUAUCAGGACGAGCUGCUGCCGGACUCGAUCACCGUGCAGGAGCAUCUGCAGCUGAUGGCUAACCUGAAGCUCGGCAAGAGCGUGACGGCCGAGCGGAAGCGCGCCAUGAUCACGAACAUACUUUCCCGCACGGGGCUGGAGCGGUGCGCCAACACGAAGAUCGCGGACGCCACCGGCAUCGGCAAGACGCUGUCCGGCGGCGAGAAGAAGCGGCUCGCCUUUGCGGUGGAGCUGCUGUCCAAGCCAAAGUUCCUGUUCUGCGACGAGCCGACGACCGGGCUAGACUCGUACAGUGCGCGCCAGCUGGUCGAGAUGAUGAAAUCGCUGACCCGCACCGGCACGACCGUCCUGUGCAGCAUCCACCAGCCGGCGGAGAAGCUGCUGUACGAGUUCGACAGCCUCAUACUGCUGACCGGUGGGCGGACCGGGUUCAUCGGCGCACCCUCCGAGGCGGUCCAGUUCCUGCGGUUGCAGGGUUUGGAGUGCGAGGCCGGCUACAACACGGCCGACUUUCUGCUCAAGGUGCUGUCGAGUACGACGACCACCACCAGGAAGGGCAACCAGUUUACGACGGGCGCGAUCGGGCCGAAAACGAUCUGCAACAACUACAGUGCCAGUGAGGCGGCCCGCCGCCAGGAGGCACUGAUCAGCGUGGAGCUGUACCGCACGACCGUGGACAGUGGAGGGGAUGAGGCAUUUCGAAGGCGACUUACCGAGAGCCGCGACCGCUGCUGGUUCUACACGCUCUACUGGCUGAUGUACCGGCACGUGCUCCAAUCACACCGGAAUCCAAACUUGCAGUAUUUUAAGAUCGUGCAGCGAAUCGCUAUCGCGGUGCUAGUUGGACUCUGCUUUUCCGACGCGAUCGAGUUAUCGCAGCGAGGCGUCCAGGCCAUGCAGGGUGUCAUAUUUCUGAUCGUCUCGGAAAACACGUUCCUGCCGAUGUAUGCCGCCCUGUCGCUGUUUCCCGAGCGUUUCCCACUGUUUCAGCGCGAGAAGAAGGCGAAUCUCUACAGCACGGCCCAGUUCUACAUCUCCACCAUUAUGUCGAUGACACCGUUCGUUCUGCUAGAGACGUGCGCAUUCAUCCUGAUCGUGUACUUCCUAGCUAAUCUUAGACCGACGCUGCUCGGCCUGCUGGUCACCGUAGUCGUUUCCGUGCUGGUGAUGAACGUGUCGAUCGCCUGCGGGUGCUUCUUCUCCGUCCUCUUUCCGACGGUCGCCUCCGCCAUGUCGUACUUGGUGCCGUUCGAUUACAUUCUAAUGAUCACGUCGGGGAUUUUUAUCAAAAUCUGGUCUAUGCCUACAUAUUUGCAAUGGAUGCCGUUCAUUUCCUGGAUGAUGUUCGCCAGCGAGGCCAUCUCGAUCGCCCAAUGGGAUGGUGUGAAGAGUAUCGAAUGCUCCAACAUCAUUCCGAGCGUGUGUCUGCACAACGGCGAGCAAGUGCUGGAUCAGUACUCGUUCAGCAGGCAGCAUCUGAGGACGGAUCUGGUGGUGCUGGUGGGACAGUACUUUAUUUAUCAUCUGAUGGCAAUGCUGUGCUUGGCAAGGCGAGUGUCCCGCAAUUAAACGAUGCAUAGCUAUACAGUUUUAUGUUCUAUUUGUAUUAAAAAAAACUAACGUUAACUGUGGUUCCAAUAAAGUCUAGCCGAAAAAAAAA